CCCCUUUUGUCUCGUUCAAUCCAAUAUGGCGGCAAACGGUGUAUGAAAGGUGCGGAAUGUUUUGAUUCAAAAGGAACAAUAAAAAAAUCGUAUGAAAAAAAAAAUUGUAACGAAACGCGAAAAAAAAUACGCAAUGGCCGGUGAAUUAACGUGGUUUACGUGCUGUUAACAUUAAAUAAUCGAUCUCGAAGUAAUUUGUGUUGAAACUAAUGUGUUUAUGAAUUGAAUAAUAUUUUUUUUUGAUGUUACGAUUUGUGUCUGCUAAUGUGCUCGCUUGUGUUAAUAUGUGAUAGAUUAUACGCUAGAUAUGUCUACCAGCCCUGAUAAAGGUACGGGAUGCCCGAUUGAGAGUGAUAAAAGUGUGGCGACGGAAUUGAAAGAGUGUGGUGAUACAAACUGUGGAAUUAGUAAUGACUGCAAAGAAAAAAAGAAGGAACACCGUUCCGUUCGCUUUCCCGGCGAUGAUCUUAUGGUUACAGAGUACUUCGAGCCUGCAAACCCUUGGAACGAUGUACCGACGACAACGAAAUCGCAGUUGGCUGCUGAAUACUUGGAGGCGUGCAGACGACACGACACUCCAUGUAUCGACACCGUGCUGCAGCAGAUACGGGAUCUACCAGACAACGCAAUCGGCGGCGGCUCGCGAGCCCCCCGGCUGACCUUGGCAGAAUGCUCGCUAGCCGGCCCAUCACCGGCCGAUGCUUUAGAAGCCGUCAUGCGCAAAGUCCAGUUCAGAAGACUAGAGAUAGACCAUGCUACCAUCGACGACGAAGGCGCGGAGGCGAUAUUCGACAUGAUAGAGUACUAUGAGAGUGCGAACGUGCUGUCCAUAGCGGGGCCGAGACAGUUCGGCAUCAGAGGCUGGCAGGCUGCUUCUAGAAUGAUUAAGAAGAGCGCAGACCUAACAGAACUAGAAGUGACAGACGCCCCAUUAGAGGCGUCUCACGCGCCCGUACUAGCGCGCUCGCUGCGCGCUCACACGUGCACUCUACGCGCGUUGUGUCUGCAGCGGGUCAGCUUGUGUGGCGAGCCUUUAUUGUGUCUGGUAAUAGCAUUGAAAUCAAACAGCUCUAUACGAGAGCUACGGCUGGGCGAUAAUAGGCUAUCAGUGAGCGAUGCGGCGCAACUAGCGUCGCUUCUGAGGUACAACGCGAGAAUACAGCUUCUGGACCUAUCUAAUAAUCAGAUACAGGACGCGGGCGUGGCUCACUUGGCGGAGGCGUUGGCCGAGCAGGCGGCACAGUCGCCGCCCUCCGCCGCCGCCUCGCCGCUAGACCCCAACCGAUGUACCGUGGGCGGACACGAGGCGAGAGGAUUAGCCUUUCUAGUACUAUGGAACAAUCAACUCACAAGAAACUGUGCGCCUUAUCUCAAUAAAGCUUUGCGGUCAUCAUGGUCGCUAUGCGUACUAAACGUGGGCCGCAACGCCCUCUGCGGGGAGGCGGUGCGGGCGCUGUGGCGGGCGCCGGCGCUGCUGUCGCUCGGGCGGGCGCCGGCGCUGCUGUCGCUCGGGCUGCAGGCCGCGCGCCUGGGGCCCGACGCCGCGCCCGCGUUAGCUGACCUGGUGCGGGCCGAUACUAAGUUACAGAGGCUAGAUCUCCGAGAGAACAGACUAGGCGGUGCCGGGCUAUCGGCCAUACUUGCGGCGUUGAAGGAAAAUACUACACUCACACAAAUUGAUCUUGACGAACCGCCGACACCGGACUCAGCAAACCUACAAGCGGAAGACAAAGAAUCUGCCUACAUCAGGCGAGUGACGCGAGAGAUACGCGCUCUGUGCCGACGCAACGACACAACGAGACACGACGACGACGUACAUCCCGUGCACAGGAAGAUUAGCCUCACGUGCCAUACUGCAUGUCUGCUUAGACAAGGCAUGGGUACUGGGGAAGAAGAACGUCGGGGUCGACUACGGUCUCCCGCCCCGUCCCCCGCCCCGUCACCCGCCCCGUCACCGGCGCCAUCCCCCGCCGGCAGUCCCGUGCCUGCGCCGCAACAUACCUCGAGGUUCAUGGUGACCCGAGUGACGCCCGAACGCGAUUCUUCAACAGACAGUAGCGGGUCCACCUCAUCAUCAUCGUCCACCCCCACGCGGCUGCCAUACUGUCCGCCUUCAAGAUUCAAAGUUGUACAAGUAAUGGAACCACCACAAAUACAAGUUCACCCGGCUUCAAAUCAGCCAAGAAAAUCACCUUCCCGGUUCUCAGUCACCAGAAACUAUGACUCAGUAUAUAACCCCACUCCCACCCCCCCUAACAGUCCCGCUCAACCAAACAUAUACGCUCAACUACAGAAUGAAGUAGUCACUCAACUCAAACAUGAUGCUCUGACUCAACCUAAGACAGAAUUAGUCGCUCAGACAAAGAAUGAUUCCACUCAAACAAAGAAUGAAGUGGUGACUCAAAUAAGACAUGAUGCUAAUAUCAAAUGUGAACCGCAUAGUAAUGAGGUUUUAGUUAAAUCUGAGUUUAGUGAAUCCUUAGAUGCUCAGACGAAGAAUGAAGUACACACACAAGUUAAAAGUGAAAUAACUACAGUUAAAAGUGAACCGGUUGUUGAUUUAGUACAGAAACCAGUUAAGAAAGUUAUUACUGCGCAAGUUAGGAGUCAAGCUAUGAAGCAAUCUAAGUUAGACCAGUUAAACCAAGUUCAAAGUGAACCGACCGUUCUAGUUAAAAGUGAAGUUACUGUACAAACAGAUAGUAAACCAACAGAAACAGUUAAAAAUGAACCCAGUGCUCAACUUUUAACAGAAGAAAUCACAGUUAAGAAUAAUGUUACUACUCAAAUCAAACAUGAGCCUAAUAAAAGUGAAGUGAAUGCUCAAACGCAAGAUUUGUCUGCGAUUCAGGCUAAAAAUGAACCUGUAAGUACAGUGAAAAAUGUUGUAACUACGCAAGUACAUAAUGAACCGAUUUCAAUAAAAGUUGAGUCUCAAAUUCAAGUCAAAAGUGAUCAAAGUAAUCAAUCUACUCAGAAAGUUGAGUCUACAAAUCAAACAAGUAAUAUCACUGAGAACAAAUCUACUAAAAGUGAAGAUAAUAUAGUAGUAGAAGCUCAACUCAAAGGUUUCCCAAUUGAGUUAUUGAGUCAUAUUGGUCCUACACCUCAAAGAAAUGAUACAGUGACUCAAUUCAACACAGAAGCUGAUGCUCGGUCAAGAAAACAAGCUGAGUCUGCUCAAACUCAUACGGAUGUAGCGAAAUCGUCGAAUAUUGAAGCAAGAAAUGAAACUGUUACUAAAGUAAAUACAGAAUUAGUGACUCAACAUAGAAAUAUACCAGUUGAGCCUACUAGUCUAGUAAAUAUUGAUGAAAAACCAAUACAAUCUAUAGUAGUUGAGCCUACAAUUCCACAGAAAAAUGAGCCAGUUGCUCAAACCAAAACAGAUUUAGUUACUCAGAAUAAAAGUAUACCAGUUGAUUCUACAAGUAAAAGUAAAAUCGACAUCAAAUACACUCAAAAAUCAAGUGUUGAGCAUCCAAUUCAAGUUAAGAAUAGUUCGAAUUCUCAACUCCAAACAGAAUUAGUAACUCAACAUAAAAGUAUACCAGUUGAGCCUAAUAUUGAUAAAAAUAGUGGAAUUAAAGAAACUAAGAUUGAUCCUAUACAAACUCGACUAUCAAAACUCGAAUCAGAAAUAUCUACAAAAACUGUAAAUUUACCGGCUGAGCAUAAACAGGACAAUACUAUAUUAGUUGAGCCUGCAAUUCAAACUACAGCGAUUUCAAUAGUAACAGAAUUGAAGACUCAAACACAGAAUAUACCAGUUGAGCCUAAAGAUAAGACAAAAGUUGAGCCAGUGAGUCUAAAACAAAUCAUAAAUACAGACGCUCAACUCAAAACUGAGCUUCCAACUCAAUCUGAGUCUUCCAGUCCGAAUAAACCGAGCAUAGACUCAAAGACUCAACUGAGAGACUUAUUAGAGACUUCUAGUAAGAUUAAAACGUCGCCCUCGCAUUCAAUAUUACCGAAAACUUCUAUUGCAACUAUAGAAGAAUCACCGGAAUGUGAAGAAAUUGAACUCAGUGACUCAGACGUGGCGAAAGAUACUCAAACACAGAGUACAAGUGAUUCUAAGACUAAGACAAAUGUUGAGUGUAUGGCAGUAGUUGAGCAUGCAGUUUUUGAAUCAAAAACGAGUAUUGAACCUCCAAAGACUGAGCUACAAAACAUUGAAACGGAUAAAAAAGUUGAGUCUAAAGACUCGACCUCGAGUGCUCAACUCGAGAAUACUCAAACGAAGUCAGACGCGUUACGUGAUAAAACUGACCUAAAUGUGAUAGAUCUUAGUAUUAAAUCAAUAUUAGUGCAAAGUGAUUUAAAAUAUAGUGAUGUGGUUAAAAGUGACAAGAACACUGGCGUCAAAACCAAAGUGUGUAGUGACAAACAUACAGACAAAGCUAUGGAAAAUAUCGUAGCCAUAACAGAAGAUUUAGGUAAUAUAAUUAAAGAAAUGAAAGUGUUAGUUAAAAAUAAAAAUAGUUUAGAAGAAACAGUACCUGUUGAUAGUGUUCUACUUAAAAAGAAUAAAAGCGAAUCGAGUCUGGAUAGUCCAGAUUUAGAAGUUUCCAGACUUAUGGAGAAGAGAGUGGAAUGUGUGUUCGAUAGCAACUCUUCUUUGGAAAUUUCUGGAAGUUCUAUGGAAAGUCUUAACGAGCAGAAUAAAACUGUUCAGGCGCUUGAUAGACGGAAAUCCGGUACCAUCCUUUCCGCUGAAGGUAGCAUGGAAUCUACCAGUGACGUUACUCCUGUUAACAGUGGAAACUUUCUCAAUCUUUCUCUCAGUUCUAAUGAAAGUGUGUCUCCUAUCUUUGGCAAAACUAAACUUAUACACGACUCUCUUUCGAGUCUAGAAGCCAGUGUCAGUUCACUAGAUUCUGCCAAACAUGAUCGAGUGAUGGUCACUUCAGCUGACUCGGGAAUAGAAUAUUCUUUACAACAACCUUCAGAGAAUAGAGAAGACAAUUCUUCUAAUGAAGGCACUUUGACUAAUAACUCCAGUCUAAGAGAAACUGUGAGAAAGCCCGAAGCGUAUCAGAUAGGGGACACUAUAGCGUCUCCACCAAAAAGAGCGUCGAGUCUUCUCGAUGUCCCAGCGUUAAAGAAUAAAGGAUUAGACAGAAUGAGAAAGAUUUCCUGGGUAGCACCGUCUUCCAGCUUCCAUAUACCCCGGCCAGAAGAGAAAGAAGCCAAACCUUCUCAUUUAGAGAAGCUUUUAAGUCUAUUCCAACAUCCUAGUAGUAUUUUCUCCAGAAGUUUAACAAGUGAUGAUGAGAAAAAGUCUACAUCGAGCACUCCACCUAGGAAAGAUUCUUCUCUUACCAGCUCUUUCUGGUCCUGGGGAAGCACGAUAGAGAAAGAUAGAGAAGAAGACAGCUCAGAAGCCACAGACUCUACUCUAUCGGAAAGAGUCCAAGUCUCCUUCGUAGACGAGUCGUUUUCGAAAAAGUUAGACUCAAAAACACCUUCGACAGACACCGAUAAUACGUUGAGCGAAUUCCAAUCGUUUCCCACGCAAGAGAGUGAGAGCGUAGAAGAAAGAGUUACCAAAACCACCGAAGAUAUAAUAGUACAAAAUUUAGACUUAAGUGUAAUUAGUAAUACGAAGAGAAGUGUAGAUAGUGAGAGAAUGAAAGAUGAUCUCGUAAGAGAUGGACAAGAGAACGCAGAGAAAGAGAUAGCCAGGCCCCGGUCGUUCGCGGCCGUUCUCAAAAGCUCUGGUUCUGAAAACUCCUUAGAUAAGCAAAACAGUCCCGAUAGUGGUCAGCCAGUUGAUAAACUACCAAGUAAAGUUAUAAGAGGCAUCAAGGAAAAUAUUAGCCCUGAAAACACACUAACUUCAAGCAUGACGAAUACUAAAGCAUUAGCUGUUGAAUUAGAAAGACAAGUUAAAAACCCAAACGUUUCUGAAGCAAUAAAAAAUGAACCUAAAAUUGAUGAAAUUAAGACACAAAGUGAUCUAGCACCUAUAGCGACAAUUGAAGAAACUGAGGACGAUAAUCCUUUACAACUAGCUUACAUAGACGAUGUUAAAGUCGAUUCGGAUAUUACAAUUGAUACUCGAGUCGCGGAAAUCGAUAAGGGAACGAAAAUCGAAGGCAUCGAUUUAGGCAAGGAUGCAUUGUCGUACUUGAUAUACGAGAAUCGAGAUUUCGAAGUAGGGACUGGUAGUGUAGUCAAAACUACAGUACAGCAAGGUUCGUUAGCCGAAGAACUUAAACAAGCAGAAAUCAAAGAAAUUAUUGAUCUGUCACCUGAGCUAGUUGUCGAAGAAAAUGUACAAGAAAAAGUUUUUACAGCUAAAGAAAUCAUCGGGUUACGAACAUCACCGAUCAUACCCGAACGUGCGAAACUUAAAAAGUCCAACUCUCUAGAAGAACUAUCACAGCUUUCGGACGAAACGAGCCCGAAAACUAAGACUAUAGUUUUCAAAGUCCCCGAAAGUACGACACCUAGGGACAUUCCUGAACGAAGAUCUAAAUUACGCACUCGAAGUGGUUCUAGCCCGAAAUCUCUGCCUGAGAGUUUGAACAAACCGUGUCCGUUAACUAAAAUGGAAUCAAUUCUAUCGAAAAAGAAGAAAAAAGUGUCUUCCUUAGGCAAAAUUGCUCGAGAUUCUUUACUGGCUCUAAAUAUGAGUGAAGAAGAGAUAGCAGAAUUCAGACGUUCUUACAAAUUGACGUCUGUCGAGAGUCUGAAGUCGUUAGAAUCAGUGUCAGAAAGUGGAAACUCGGUUGAUUCUCGGUGCAGGGCUUGUCUGAGGCAUUCUCAAGAGAGCUUAAUGUCUCUAGAUUCGAUUUCUGAAGAUUGUCGGUGUACGGAAGAAUGUGAGAAACCAGGGAAAUCGACGAGAUAAUAGGUGUGACUAUAUUGUUGAAAAUGGUAUUUCUAAUUAGUCCCGUCUUUUUAAGUAACCAAAAAAUAUUGGAUACGUAUUUUUUAUUUAAGAAAACAUUAAAAAAUCACUAAGAUUUAAGACACUAGCCGUUUUCGUGAGAACUACUGCCCGUACCGGGAUAAAAUAUAGCCUAUGUUACUCGGGAAGAUUGUAGCUUUCUAAUGGUGAAAGAAUUUUUUAAAUCGAUCCAGUAAUUUUUGUGUUUAUCCAUUACAACCAA